AUGAGGUCUACUACUCAUUUAUUGACUAAUUCUGAAAAACAAAGUUUAGAUCAUUCAUAUCAAUUAGAUGGUAACAUAAUUGUUUCUAAUCAGACUAAAAUCGUUUUCAGAGAAACCGAAUUCGAUGUAUUAUGUAUAACUUAUACGGAAACAUUUGAAUUUUUGGCGGCAGGAUUAACCGAUGGAACCAUACAAUUCUAUAAGGCUGAUACUGGUGAAAAAGCUAAAUCUCUUCGUGAUAGUGAAAUAAUACAAAAUCCUGGAUCAACAACAUCUAUCAAACAUAGACCUGUUCGAAAAACACAUCCUAUAACUCGCACAUUAAUUGCUACUUACGUAAAUGGAUGCGUCAAAUGUUGGCAUUAUCCAAGUUCACAAUGUCUCUACACGAUAAGAGAGAAAAGACAAACAUUAGGUUUGGCUUAUCAUCCUAAUUUGCCAAAAUUUGUAACGGUUGGCGAUGAUACAAACGUCUAUUUGUACGACGAAGAAACGAAAACUCAGGAAAGGGUGUUUCAUGCGAGUGAUAUCUUUGACGAAGUAGAUGGACACAAGUCUCGAGUAUUUGCUGCCUGUUUUAAUCCAAAAUCAGCUCACGAGAUAAUAACCGGUGGUUGGGACGACACCAUAAUGUUUUGGGAUACUCGACAACCAUACGCUCUUCGUCAUAUAUCGGGUGUCCACAUGUGCGGAGAUGGCAUUGAUAUAAGCCGGAAUGGAAAAGAUAUCCUAACAUGCGCUUGGCAAAGAAAAAAUCCCAUUCAAUUGUGGGAUUAUGGAAGUGGCAAACUAAUAGCAAGUCUCGACCCUGAUAAUUUCCCUUCCAUGCUCUAUUGUGGAAACUAUUUAAGUAAUUUUUUUAUUGCAUGCGGAGGAACUGAUGAAAAUUUAUUUAGAAUCGUUGAUUUGCGUUCUCAUUCCACCUUGGGAAUGGUGAAAAAUUUGAUUAAUGGUGUUUAUAGUAUAGCAAUUGGACCGAUUGAUACGAAAUAUGCAAAAAAACUGAGACAAUCUGAAAUACAUUUACCCAAACUCGCUUUUUGUUCCGGUAAAACAAUUUUCGAAAUUAAAAUGCAUUAAAAUUGAUUUUCAUCACGUGUCAUGUGUUUUCGUUCAACAAAAAAAAAAAAAAAAAAACUAAUUCGAGGAUUAAAGAUUUUAUACGUUCGUGAAUAAUUUUAAGGAACAAAAUUAAGGUACAUAUACACACACAUAUUAUCUACCAUCAUCUUCGAUCUUCUCAAGCAAUAAACAAUGUAUUUUUAUUAAAUACAAACUAUGGUACAAAAUUUACACAGAACAACGCACGGUUUUUCUUUUUAUUAUUUUGUUUGUUUUUUUUAUCUUUCUUUCUUUUUUUUUCAUUUUUUUUUUUCUCCACAUUUUAUUUCUCCAAUCACGUUAAAAUAAUAACGUGCAUGGGUAUAUAAUGAUACGCACAGUUUCUCGUUUGAACGCACACACUUAAGCGAAUGAUUGACUGUGAACGUAGGAUGAGCAAGGGGUGUAAUCAAAAAGAGGGGAUGGUAAGGGGUAAAUUUUACUUUAGGAAAGUAUUUACGAAGGGAUAAAGGAGUAAGAGAGUAAGGAGGAGGAAGAGUAAGAAGAAGAAUUAUGAGUAAAGUGACGAGAACGAUGAAAUAUAGAAUGAAUUAUUUUUUAAAAUGUUUUUUUUUUUUUUUGGGACACACAUCGAUUCGCGAAGAAAUACAAACUUACUCUUACUUACUUGAUAUAUUCGAGGAGGAAAUUUGAUCGGUAGGCUUCACAAAUGGCCGACCAUUUUUUAAUUUUAUUUCUUUUAAUUCUUUUCAUUUGGCGCUAGGAUUUACAACGCUUUUUAUCAGAGAAAUUGUUUUGCUCGGAACACGCUUAAGAGAGCAAGAACGCGCAGACGCGUUCGCGCAAUUUCGCAUGCACGUUGUUUUUUUUUUUUUUAUUUUUUCUUCUUUUGUUUAAAAAAGACG